CCCUAAGCGCAACAUUCACCAAACUGGAGGAAAAGUUUUCUAGAAUAUUCACGUCAUUGUUUACACACAGAGCAAUUUUACGAGCGGACGCUUCAGUCUUUAGACGUCACACGACUGUAAAAAGACUGUAAAAAGAAGAAACGUGAUGAAAUACACGUACGUGAGUACAUUUAUGUGACGGACCACUUGGUGCGUAGCUGUUUUAGUUCCGGGUGUGUAUGUGAGUGUGUGCGUGUAGCUCCGUUUAGCUAGCUACCGUUAGUUAGUCUACAGCCGUAGGUGUGUCACUCCAACGUUACUUACCACCGAGCGCUUAAGUACAAAGUAGCCAUUUAUGCAUCGUACCUGAGAGGAAGCUCCUUGACGAGGGAGAGAAUGGCGGCAGCGUUACUGUCUGAGACGGAGAUCCAGCACCGCUCUAUGGCGGAAGAGGACCCGAACGGGAACGAGCACGGCGCGGCCGCCCGCAGUAGCGCACCCCGCUGGGGACCGCAGCACGCCGGGGCCCGCCAGCUCGCCCAGCUCUACUCCCCCGGAAAACGGCUACAGGAGUGGGUCUGUGUAAUUUUGUGCCUCUCACUCUUCGCGGUCAACUUCUUCUUCCUCGUCAUCAACUUCUCCACAGUGCCCAUCUACAGAAUCAUUUUUGGCAUUGUGGCCGGUAUCUUGACUGCAGACUUUGCCUCUGGAGUGGUACAUUGGGGAGCUGACACCUGGGGCUCUGUGGACAUCCCUAUCAUUGGGAAGGCGUUUAUCCGUCCGUUCCGGGAGCACCACAUCGACCCUACAGCCAUCACGCGGCAUGACUUCAUUGAGACUAAUGGAGAUAACUGCAUGAUCACCAUCCUGCCUCUCGCCCACAUGGCCUACAAGUUCCUGUCCUACACACCAGAUGCCCUUGCCGAGUCCUACCCCUGCGACUGUUUUGUGUUUGCGCUGGCCGUCUUUGUGACGAUGACCAAUCAGAUCCACAAGUGGUCGCACUCCUACUUCGACCUGCCACGAUGGGUCACUCUGCUGCAGGACUGCCACCUAGUGCUGCCUCGCAAACACCAUCGUAUCCACCAUGUGUCCCCUCAUGAGACCUACUACUGCAUUACUACAGGCUGGCUGAACUACCCUCUGGACCGGAUAGGCUUUUGGAGGAGGAUGGAGUGGUUGGUUGAAAAGCUAACAGGACAGAAGCCACGCUGUGAUGACAUGGCUUGGGCCAAAAAGACCGAGUGAGACAAUAACUGGACUGCAGCACAGUCAUCCCUUGCUCCUCUCCUCCUCUGAGCUGAGGGGGAGCCUCUUGGAGGGAGAAAAGCAGAAUAUAGGCCUUACCUCUGACCCCUAAUCCACCCUUAAUCCCCUCUUCCUUUCUAUUCAUCGCUGCUGAGGCCUUCACCUGUCUCUAAGGUCUGCAACACACAAGCCGUCUCUGCCUCCUCCCUGUGUCAUCUGAUGGUUUUCAUUCACUCUCCCUCAUACAUCGAGCAGAAAGAGAAAGCUGAAUUUUAAGGUGUGUGUCUAGCACAGGGGUGGGCAACCUUAUCCGGAAAGGGCCUGUGUGGGUGCAGGUUUUCAUUCCAACCAAGCAGGAGCCACACCUGAUUCCACCUGUUUAAUCAGUUGAUCUUGGCUUUAUAUAUAGACUCCGGUGUGGCUUCUGCUUGGUUGGAAUGAAAACCUGCACCCACACCGGCCCUUUAUUGAUAAGAUUGGACACCCCUGCAGCACAGCGCUAACAUUAGUGAUUAAUAGUUGAUUAACAGAAUUUUGUACUAAUUCUCCCGCUCUCUGCUUGUCGUAGUGGCUUUCAUGUAUCAGAAAUGUUCAUCCUCUGGAGGUUGGGCUCUCCAGGGGCCAGGAAUCUAUUUUUUAUCGCAUUUGCUUGCCAUCUGAUUUGGGGUCAGUCAAGUAUGGGUUUUCAGUAUCAGCACUCCAGUUUAUCCUGACACACAGCUUAAACAACGUUCUGCUUUCCUUUAGAUGUCACAUGUCCUCCGUAUUCGUCUGAAGACGAUGUCUGCGAGUUUAAAUAGAAGGAAGCGAGUUUUGUUGGUCAGUCGCGUGAUCUGUGAAUGUAUUCCAUGUCUAUAUAUACCACAGACCUGAUUGCAGGACGUGAGCACGGAAGACCUCUGAAUGAGGAUGCCUGAUUAGUUUUUGGACUAGUUUUAGCAGUCCAGCUCAUAUUUAUUUAAAAAAAACAACAAACAAAAAAAAAACUGAAUCUUGCAAGCUUGCACUUGGUUUCGAGCAGUGAAUUCACAGCGGCACUGCUGAGACCGAACCAGACCGGCAGCAGAGCGCUUUAGAUUAUCCUUAGUUCUGCACGCAGAGUCAUAACCGGUUCUUGAAUCCACAAAGCAGAACAAGGUACCAGGCUAAUUCUGACACAUCCUACUGUAUUUACAAACACUCCCAGUGUUUCCGCCUAAUCUCUAUCCACCGCAUACGGUAGCAUAUGCAGGUGCAACGGACUUCAGCACGUUUCCCUUUACUGAGAAGAUCUAAAACUUUAUUAACACACUUUAAUUGUGUGAAGAAACGUGUAAAAUAUGUGACCACUUAAAGGAAAGCUGUUCGAUUUUAACAAUACAUUUCUUUAAGCUGUUCUCAUCCAAGAAGCAAUAUAAUAAAGUCCUUCCAAUUUCUUACACUUCCAAAGGUCGUGUGGUAAACAUGAGGAGUCCGAUUUUACUCUUGUGGCUUAGAAAAAGGUCCGUUUAAAUAUAUUAACAUGCGUUAUUUGGGUCUUCACACUGUAUUUAUCUAAUGAUAUUUAAUCAAUUGGAGAUUAAAAACAACCAAAUAUUUUCCUACCUUCACCCUUGUCCAAAGACUGUCUUGAUGUUGGUGAGUAAGAAAGCGGUCAUAAGCACAUCUGUUACAGCUAUACACCUCGUCCGUCAUUAUUAUGGCUGCACUAGUUGUGUUUGUUCCUUCUCUCUAUGGCUUUGUGUUUUGAAAUUUUUUUUUUUUACUAAGUGCUCAGCUUUGUAUUUAUUCAUACUGUCCAUCUUGCAGCUAAUGCUUGCUGCUAGUCUGCCUUAAAUCAACGUUUUUAUUAACUGUUUGGUUUAAUAAAGAUCUAGUAAGAUACA